AAGUCCCGGCGUGCCCCGCGCCUGUCAGCGGGGCCCCCCCCCCCCAUGACGGGGCUGGGAGGAGGAGGAGGAGGAGGAGGAAGGAGGGGGGGGAGGGCGCCGCCAUGCUGCGGCCCAAGGCCCUGACGCAGGUGCUGAGCCAGGCCAACACCGGCGGCGUCCAGAGCACGCUGCUCCUGAACAACGAGGGCUCCCUGCUGGCCUACUCGGGCUACGGCGACACCGACGCCAGGGUCACCGCCGCCAUCGCCAGCAACAUCUGGGUGGCCUACGACAAGAACGGGCACCAGGCCUUCAACGAGGACAACCUCAAGUUCAUCCUGAUGGACUGCAUGGAGGGACGAGUGGCCAUCACGCGCGUGGCCAACCUCCUGCUGUGCAUGUACGCGAAGGAGACGGUGGGAUUUGGGAUGCUGAAAGCCAAGGCGCAGGCGCUGGUCCAGUACCUGGAGGAGCCGCUGACACAGGUGGCCGCAUCCUGACCCCGGGAGCAGGGAGCUGACGGGCUCGCGGGGGGCACCGUGCCACGGCUGAGAGCUCCGACACCUCCGGCGGCGUGGCGGGGAGCCCCGGAGCCUGGACGGCCGCUUGCUGCGGAGGGGACCAAGGAAGGGGAAAUAAAACGUGUCUGAU